AGUGAAAGUGAAAAUAAAUACGAUGGAUCGCGAAUUAGAAUUUGUGACUUCAUUAAAAACAACCGGAAAAAGUCUUUUUGAAAUGGUCAGCCGAAAUUUGGGGGUCCACGAAAUAUGGUUUUUUGGUAUUUGUUAUGUCGAUGCGUCAGGCGAAGAAAUUUGGAUCGAUAAUUCCAAAAAAACUUUAAAAGAUUAUCGCCAAUACGUUCAAAAGUUAAAUUAUCGCGUUAAAUAUUACCCAGAAGACAUCGAAGAAGAAUUAAUCGAAGAUAAUACGAUUAAAUACUUUUUUUAUCAGGUUAGACACGCUAUAUUAAACGAAAAAAUUUAUUGUCCCCCAGAUACUUCAGUUCUAUUAGCAUCUUAUGCGUGUCAAGCUCGUUUUGGUGAUUACCACAAUGAUGUGCAUAACACAGAUUUUUUAAAAAAACAGCGACUCCUACCCAACAAAGUUUAUAAUCAACAUAAAAUGAAGCCAGAGGAGUUCCACGAAACAAUAUUAAAUAUGUGGCUAAAACAUCGUGGAAUGAUGAAGCAAGACGCAAUGACCGAGUAUUUAAAGUUAACGCAAAACUUGGAAAUGUAUGGAGUUCAUUAUUUUGAGAUACACAAUAAACGAGGGACGAAAUUGUUGCUUGGAAUCCAUGCGAUAGGGUUAAACAUUUAUAAAUUAUCGGAUAAAAUGAAUGCGAUCAUUAUGUUUCCGUGGUCGGAAAUUAAAAACAUCAAUUUUCGAGAUAAAAAAUUCACAAUUAAGGGUUCUGAUAAGAAAUCGUCCGAUUUUAUUUUCUUUUCGAAAGAUGGAUAUUUAAAUAAAAGAAUUUUAAAUUUGGGUGUUGGAAAUCAUUAUUUAUACGUUCGUAGAAGAAAACCGCCAACGUUAGAAGUGAUCCAAAUGAAAGAAAAAGCAAUGGAACAAAAAAAAACGUUACACGAACAAAGAACUCGCCUACAAUCGGAAAUUUCCGCAAGAGAAGAAGCGGAAAAACGCGAAAAAUUAUAUCAAAAUCAGCUUCGUUCGCUUCGCGAAGAAGUUGAACGUAGUCGAAAUUCUUUACUCGAGGCUCAAUCGACAAUUCAAAAAUUAAAAGAUCAACUUUUUGAACUACAACGUGCUAAAGAUGAACUCGAAAAGCAACAAAAUGAGCUUAAAUAUUUAAUGGAAAAAUUAGAAGAAAGUAAAAACAUGGAAUCGGUUGAAAAACGAAAAUUGGAGGACGAAAUUUUAGCGAAACAAAUGGAAGUUGCGAAAAUACAAGAAGAAGUUGAAGCGAAAAAUUUAGAAACGAUGCGGUUACAAGAAGAAGUUGAAAUGGCGAAAAGAACGGAGGAAGAGUUGAGGAUGCAACAAUUGAAAGAAAUUGCUGAAAUGACGAGAAGGGAAGAAGAAAAAGAAUUGGAAUCGUUACCGGAAAAUGCUAAUGAUGAACUUCCCGAAUUGGUACUUGUAAAUGAACAGCUAAGAGAACAAUUAAAGAUUUUACAAGAUAAAUUGGAGAAAUCCCUGGAUGAAACUAAAGAAACGGAAUUGGAUAAACUUCAUAGAGAUAAUCUAAAAGAAGGUAGAGACAAGUACAAAACUUUAAAAGAGAUUCGAAAAGGAAAUACUGUAAGAAGAGUAGAUUUAUUCGAAAAUCUAUAAUGAAAAAAAAAAUUCAUGUUUAAGGAUUAGUUGUUGUGAAAUUGUUGUUUUAUUAAGAUUGUUAUCUUACUUUUUAAGUUAUUAAUUGUAUAGAUUGUAA